AGCUUAAAUACUGCCAGAAAUAAAAGCCAGUGCUGAUUCCUUGAAAGAUAGAGUUAAACACAGUAUAAGUGCAAUACAAUCCAUUUCAAUAAGUAUUAAGAUUAGUGCUCACUUAAGUGCUGUAAAAGAGAUGGUCCUCAGUCUGCAUUUGAAAGACAGUGGUAGUUCGUUUCACCACCUGGACUCCAGGACAGAGAAAAGUCCUGAUACCUGUCUUCACGCGUCCUGAAGGAUGGCGGGUCAAGCUGGACUUGCAGCUCGAGGGGCUCGAGGAACAGAUCGAGUUUUGACCAUUAGCGGAGCUGAGUGGAGCUGGCGGUCAGUGGUCGGGUUGUUGGUGUUGGCGUGUGUGCUGGAGGUCAGUGUGUGUCAACACUGGUCGUACGGUUGGCUGCCCGGAGGAAAGAGGAGCGUUGGAGAACUGGAGGCAACUUUCCGAAUGAUGGAUGCUGGCGAUGCUGUUGUGGCUUUGCCCUUGGACUCUCCACUGGAGCAGAUAACUCCACUGCAAACUAUGAAUGAGGAAGACUCUGAAGCUCUUAAGAGGAAAAGAAUUUCCUUCAGAAGACGAGGAAGAGCAGAAUAAACUCACACUCAGUCUCUCUCAGUGCUGAAUCUGAAUUAAACUCUUUUAUUCCCC